AUUGAGGAAAUGGUCAAACUUUCGGUAGUGGGAAUCCUAGCAGGGAUUAGUUUAUUUGCAGUUGGCGUGAAGAUUAACCAUUUGCAAAUUCCUCCCCGGGAUGUUAUAGGUGUUACUGAAUGUACUAGUUCGGAAGUUGGUAUUUGGGAACUUCAGCCAUAUCCCGAAAGUUGUCGUUGGUAUAUUUACUGCAUGAAUAACGUUGGGGUGAUACGAGAGUGUCCAGAUGAGCUUUACUUUGAUCCAAGCGAAAACAUUUGUAAUCAUCCUGAAGAUGUGGAUUGCGAAGAAUCUAUAGAAACUACAACGGAGGAAGAACAAACAACUACUACCGAAGAAACUACCGUUACGGAUGAAACUAUUAUUACGGAAGAAACUACCGUUACGGAUGAAAUUACCGUUACGGAUGAAACUACUGUUACGGAUGACAUUACCGUUACGGAUGAAACCGAAGAAAAUACCGUUACUGAAGAAACCACUAGCUCAGAAGAAACAACCAUUAUAGAAGAAACAACCACCUCAGAAGAAACAACUGUGACCGCAGAAACGACGGAACCUGAUCUAUGUGAGCCUUUGUGUGCCAAUUUUCCUGACAGGGGUGGUGAGUUAGCUGAUCCAGAAAACUGUGGACAGUUUAUUUCUUGCGACGAUGAAUGUUUCGGAGGAAGAAUGUUCUGCCCGCCAGAUUUACAUUUCAACCACAUAAAACAGGUAUGUGACACGGCGGUGCGUGCGGAAUGCUUGAUGGAAGUUUGCGUCGAACAGCCAAAUGGUGUAUUAUCCAGUGCCAACAGCUGUCAGCACUUCUACGCAUGUAUUGAUGAAGGCUCACUGCUGCUGUCUUGUGGAACUGGUACAGUUUUUGAUUCGGAGGAGACAUGUGUUGUUGAAGAUGAAAUCAAUACUUGCGUGUCCGAGGAAUUUCCUUCUCCACCUUUAGAGCUACAAAAGGAGUGUAAAACGAUUGUUUCGCAAAAUUUUCGACAUCCGGACUAUUGCGAUGUUUAUUAUCGCUGCGUAGCGGGAAUACUGUUUCCACGAAGAUGUCAGCCAGGAUUGCUUUAUGAUGGAAUGUUACAGGUUUGCAAUUUAGAAGAGUUGGUAGAUUGCAUUGUUUAAAGAAG